AAUUUUAUUUCUAGGAGAAAGACCGUUCUUACACUAAGCAGUGGUCAUCUCAGUAUCAGGAAGAGGCAGAUAAAGGGCUUCAGCAUGUGGUUCCAUCUUUCUAUUGUCCUUCUUCUACUUUGGAAAAGUAUCCUGUGUGCAGAGCUUCCUGGUUACUCCAUUUUUGUUAAUUCUAGCUUCUCUGUCCAGGAGUCGCUCUGUGUCACCAUUCCUUGCACUUUUAUUGCCAGCUCUAGAAGUGGAUUCAGGAAUUCCAGGGGAUUCUGGCUCAAGAGUCCCAUACUUCCAUUUCAAGUUGUAGCCACUAAUGUCAAAUCCAGGAGCGUCCUAAAGCAAAACUUCCAUCUGACGGGAAAUACGGAUAAUGGAGACUGCACAUUGACUAUAACUGAUGCCAGGAGAGAAGAUGCUGGCACGUAUUACUUUCGGUUUGAAGACAGUAUUAAUAAUUCUAUAAAUUAUAAUUAUGGGAGCUCACUGGUCAAUGUUAAGGUAACUGAUUUAUCAGAUAAACCGAAGAUAUCUCCUGUGGGAAGGAUUACUGCUGGUGAGGAGGUAACUCUCGAUUGCACAAAUCCUGGAAGAUGUUCUGGGAAAUCUCCACUUAUCACAUGGGAAGGAAAAGAUGAAAUAUCUGGAGUAACACAGAGAUAUAUGGAAAGGAAUGAAGAUGGUACAAUGACACAUCACGCCAGUCUCACCUUUAUUCCAUGGAUUGAGCAUAAUCAGUCUUUACUUACCUGUAAAGUGACAUUUGAAAGUAAUGUAACCACCAGUAGGAGCAUUAGACUAAUGGUUCAAGCUUCUCCGGAUCAGUCGAUUGUAUGUCCAGUUUGCAGAUGUAUGGAUUCUAUCUUCAUCGCUGGGAUGGUCGCUGGUAACAUCAUAAUCCUGACCCUUAUCACUGUAGGAUCAUAUUUCUUUCUCAAGAAACAUACCGAGAAAAAGAAAUUAGGGAAUAAACCCAAUGGUGGUGAACAGAGAGAACAAGGAACAGAGUCUACUUAUCAGGAUUUAAUAGGACAGAAAGACGACAUCUACUACAACAUAAGGACACAAUGAUAAUGAAGUUCUACAAUUUCUGCAAGCUGGUUCUUUGCAUGUUCACAUCACUUCUUAUAAGUAAUCAGUGAUUCCUAUAGUCUACCUGUUGUUAAUUUUCUUUAUAAAUUUAUGAAGGUCCAAUUCUGUGCAGAUUUUUUUUUACAAUGCUUCUAUCAGAGAUCUUUUUUUUUUUUGUCUUUUUUUUUUGUCUACCCAAUUAAAUAUGAUCCCAGCAACCGCUUCUGAUAGAUUAUUGGUCUACAGCCUCCUGCAUGUCCGCUGCUGUGACGCUACAACUCCUGACAUGCACACUUGCUCUGCUGUUCUCAGAAGUCCCAUAAUAGUGAAUUCAGCAUGCUGGGAUUUGUAGUUUUUCAACAGUUUUGAGUUCUGGAGGUUGUUGGGCCCUGCAGAUAGACAGGUAUGGGAUGGAUGGAUAGAUAGAUAUGAGAUAGAUAGAUAGAUAGAUAGAUAGAUAUGAGAUAGAUAGAUAGAUAGAUAGAUAGAUAGAUAUGAGUGUGAUGGUCUGUCUAACUCUCACCAUCACGGGUUCCCCUUUUCUUCAGCCAUAUAGGCGGACUAGUAUAACCCCCCACACAUGGGCCAAGGCUUAAUACUGGGUAAACCAAGUAUAAAUUUAUUGGCACACACGCAUCCAAAUAUAUAGUGUACAGAACACCUCCCCUACAGCCUGGGAGAUGAUUGAGUUACAAACUAAGCCAACUUCUCCAGGAAAGAACAAUACAGAAUUGUAAAAGACUCCUGUGAUGUGAUUUUCCUGAACAGGUGCAGGGUUUGUGGCAUUCCAGGGUUUCCCCUCUGCUCCGGGAACCGAACAAACAGCCAAAAUUAUGGAAAUAAAUGAACGAAAAGGGGGCAAAUGGGUCCAUAGUGAAGGGGUCUCCUUCACAAUGAGAUAGAUAGAUAAAAUUCCACUUCACUUCCAAAAAGUUCAAUAGUAGUUUUCUUGAAAAAAGGCUCAGUAAGAGGGACAGCUAUGGAACAUAGGGAGUGCCUUGAAAUGGUUUUAUUACUUAUUUGGAGGCAUGAUCGUGUGUUCAGGUACUCAUACGCCAUCCUUACUUAAACAUAUCGGUGCAGCUCUGAUUUAGUGUUAAAAAUGAAAGCAAUGAAUUGCGUGCGCAG